AUGGCACUUGUACAAGAAACUUUGAUUCUUGUGUUACUAACCUUCUCAACCUGGUGUUUCUCAACAUCAAUCAGCACCAAUUCUUCAACAACCACAUCCUUGGCUAAAUUACCAAAUGCUACAACUGCAAAGCCUAAAAGAUUGGUCACCAAACUCAUUCAUCAAAGAUCUGUUCACCAUCCACACUACAACCAAAGUGAAACAGCCAAGGAAAGGAUCGAACUCGACAUCCAACAUUCCAUUGCACGUGUCACGUAUUUGCAUGCGAGGAUUGAAGGAACUAUGGCUGCCAACGACCAUAGGACUCAACUUUCUCCCUCCUCAUCUGGUAGAACGAUAAUGGCAAAUAUCUCGGUAGGCCAACCUCCCACCCCACAGCUAGUUGUCAUGGACACUGCCAGCGAAAUCUUCUGGAUUAUGUGCAACCCUUGCUCGAAUUGUGAUCAGCAUUUAGGUCAACUUUUUGACCCUUCAAAGUCUUCCACCUACACCCAAUUAUGCAGGACACCUUGCGGCUUUCGAGGCUGCAAUUGCCACCCCUUGGAUAGGUCGCCAUUCAGUAUCACCUAUGCAGACCAUUCCUCUGCAUCGGGAACCCUUGCCUAUGAAACGUUAGUCUUUGAGACAUCUGACGAAGGUUCCAUUCAAAUACCAAAUAUAGAAUUCGGGUGUGGCCGCGACAUUGUGUACAAUAAUGAUCCAGGGUAUAAUGGAAUAUUAGGACUAAACAAUGCACCUAUGUCUUUGGCAUCACAAAUAGGCCAUAAAUUCUCUUACUGCAUAGGAAGCCUAGCUGACAAAAGUAGUAAUUACAACCAACUGAUCCUAGGCGAAGGAGCAGAUCUUGAAGGCUAUCCAACCCAUUUUCAAGCUCUUCGUGGCAUGUAUUAUAUCACCAUGGAAGGCAUAAGUAUAGGAGAAAAGAGGCUUGACAUUGCUCCUGCAACUUUUGAGAUAAAAGAGAAUGGUGCGGGUGGUGUCAUCAUUGACACAGGAUCUACGCUCACCUACCUACCUGAUGAUGUGCAAAAUUUACUAUACAAGGAAGUUAGGAAUAUCCUCGGCGGGUCCUUUAGGAAAGUUAUAAUCGAAACUUAUCCCUGGCUAUAUUGCUAUUUGGGGGUUGUGAGUAGAGAUUUAGUUGGAUUUCCAGUGGUUACAUUCCAUUUUGCUCAAGGUGCAGACUUGGCUUUGGACACAGGAAGCUUCUUUGAACAGCUCACAGACAGCGUAUUUUGCAUGGCUAUAGGUCCAGUCAGUGCCACUGGCCUCGACAACCGAUCUUCUGUUAUCGGCUUAUUGGCUCAGCAGAGUUACAAUGUCGGAUAUGACCUUGUUAACCAGAUUGUUUACUUUCAAAGAAUUGAUUGUCAACUGCUUAGUGGCUGA